UUUUAUUUGUCUACUUGGACGGUUUUUUAUUAGUUAUUUAUAUUUACACUCGACUUUUUGACUCUAUCGCUCUUCUUUUUUCCCCGCUUUUUACUUUUUUUGGUCGUUAAGAUGAGAAAUCUGUGGUUGCUGUUUCUCGUCGGGCUUUCGAUGGGAUUUUUUAGUACCAAAAGCUGUGUCUUUUGCCAGUCAUUUUCCACAACAGAUGACUUGUACAUAGAAGGUCAACCAUCAGGUGACCUCCCUGUUGAUGAUGAAGAUGGUGAAGAUGAUGGAUCAGGCUCUGGAUCGGGAGAUUAUGGUUUUGUUAACUUCUCAGAGAAUGAGAAAGUCGUCACAAGGAUCUUGAACAUUCCACAAACCACAGUUUCCAAAGAAAUGCUGCCAUUCCAGCCGACGACAGACUCCCCCAACACCUCCCCAACCACAGAAGGAACCAGCCAGGAUGAAGAACUCCAAACAACAAAUGUUUUCCCUGAGCCCUCUGAGGAAUUGAUGACGCAGGAUACAUACUCUCCAAUUGACCCUACCAGUCCUGCUCCCAGACACACACCUACCAGUGAAACGUCUGCUGAUGACCUCAUGCCAUUCGAGAAUUAUGACAGCAACAUGGAUUAUGAAAUAUUGCCAGCAACGUCUGAAAAUGACCUUUCAGCUGAAAAUGGUCAAUUUAAGAACAUGGAAGUAACUUCUGAGAACAUGUGGGAGAGGACAGAGGUCCUGGCAGCUGUGAUAGCAUGCGGUGUGGUUGGAUUCCUCUGCGCCGUCUUCCUCCUCCUCCUCCUGGCUUAUCGCAUGAAGAAGAAAGAUGAAGGAAGCUACGACCUGGGAGACACUAAGCUCUCCGCCACUGGCUAUCACAAAGCGCCUACCAAAGAGUUCUAUGCUUGAACAGUAAUAUACAGCGACAGUAAUAGAGGAGCAGCUGAAGUGAUUCCCUUUAUGAAGAUUGAAGUCAAACACCUUUGCUUUUCUCAAGUUCUCCAAACAGUUGUGUCUUUAGCAUUCCUGCUUCCUUCCUUUGCCCUACAUGAUAAUUAGCUUUUGUGCAGUAAGGGUCACAAUAAGUCACAUUUCUACAAAGGCUUAUUUGUCUUUUCUUUACCAGGGAAGGACUUGGGCAUAACUGUUAAUUCAUAAAGUGCUGUUAUGAGAUUUUUCUUGGUAACACGGUGGAUUUGUUCAUUUCUACUCUGGAAAGUUGUUAACUUUAAACGUCUGAUAACACUGUGCUGUCAGACCCACUGUACCUCUGUAAGUUGGACCACACUGAAGUUUAUUGUCCCCUAUUUUAAGGCUCCACGGCAGAACCAGCUGUGGAGGAGGGUUUGAAAGCUUUUAACUGAAAUGGUACUUUAUUUGGGACUCCAAUAACAGAGGGUUCUCUGCUACCUUUAUUCCUUUGAGGUCACUGCGUGUUAUUACUUGUUACGUUUCAUUUCCUACAUGCUUCUUUGCUCAAAUGGAUAUUUUUGUUCCAAGUGUCCUAUAAAUAAUGAGUGUGUCUUUUCAAAUGCAGUUAAGUAUGGCUGCUACUCUGCAGGUACAAGCUAUUUCUCAGAUAUGUGUUGCUUAUUCAACUGACCAAAUAUAAUUGUAUUUGAUUUGUCUUUUGUCAGUAAUUUUUGUAACUUUUUAAAGAUGUUUAAAUGUGUAGAGAUGAUCUUUCUGUGAGACAGCUUUAAAGAGAUUUCUGUUGUAUUGAUUUUUUUUUUUCAGUUGCUACGGCUCAAGUCUCUCAGGCUUAAAUCUUUGGAACAUUUGUAGCAUUUUCAGGAUUAUUUCAUUUGCUGACAGAGCUCUGCAGGCAUGCUGGGCAGGUUAAGCUGAUCCUAAUGACUAUAAUUCAGAACCCAAAGAAGUGACCACUGCUUUUUCUGAUUGGCAGAUGGAGCACAUUCCUUUCUGAUUGUCCGUCGCAUGCGGCUGUAGAAGUGGGUUUGAAGUCAAAGGGACGCUGACGGUGUUUUAGGUUUACAGAGCGGGGUCAGAGUUAGAAGUCCAGUCGGUUUUCAAUACAUUUAACCUUUGGCUUCAGUAGGAUCACUCAAUUUUAUCAGCUUGCCUACUAAAGAGCAGGUUUUUUUAAGGAUGUAUUAUCGGAUUUUCAGACAAGCAGUCAAAAGUAUGCGAAGGGAGAAACCGAAAAACCCAAUGCUUUUUCCAAGUGGUUUUUUUCUCUUUAUUGCAGAAAUACACACAGACAGGUGUUUUCUUGUCUGGAAGUUGGAAUUUCCCACCUUCUGUAGUGUUAUGAGACUGCACUACAGAAGGUGACUAUUUUUUUUUUUAUUGAGGUAUUGUCACCAAAAUAGUUUUAAUUACAUAUUUUUUACUUAUUUCAAAUCAAUUUUCUUCAAUAAUUAUUUAUGUUUUUUUCUUGGAAGAUAUUUACAUUGAGUUUGAAAUGGCAUUCUUUUUUUUGCAGUAUUAUUGAUACUUUGUCUCUGUGAAAGUAAUACUUCAUCCAGCAUUGAUUUCAGAAUAAAAGUGCUAAAUUACCCAUUGGCUGUGCUCAGACCAAAGAUGUGGUCACCAUCUUACUAUGACUCACUGUAGAUAUUUAAUGAACAUUUGAAUCUUCAGUGCCUCACAGUGUUUUCUUUACUUUUGCCUGUGCCAUUAUUCUGUUGGUGCCAUGCUUUUGGCUUUGAGCUGUAAAAGAUCACAUCUGCUGGUUCUGGACUCAACUUUACUGCAACACUGAGUUUGAGGAAACUUGUAUAAGUUCUCCAUAAACCCACAAAGGUGAAGACAAAUGGUUAGCACUUGUUUGCAAUUCAACUGCAAUGAGACACAGUAACUUUACCAGACUUUUUUUUUUUUUGCAAUAAUUUAUACAAAUAUAUGUUAUCCUUACACACACUAGAUUUAAAACUGGUAUAGUGCAGUGUUGUACAGAAAUGUAUCUUUGCAUCCUGCUGCCUUUUCUGGUAAUAUAUCAUCCUUUAUUCAUGUUUUUUCUACAUUUUACAAGCGAUUGUUAUAUUCUAUUUUAUUAUAAGACAACAUAAAGGCCCCCUUUUAUGACUGAAUUUAUGAUCAGAAGUAACUUACCAUUCCUUGUUUUAUGAAAUUAAACUUUGUCCUUGUCAGAGUUGAGAGUGAAAGAAGUGCAGGUCAGUCUGCACUGACUUGCCACACAAAGGCGAGCAUGACCUUACAAUGGGACUCAGAUUUGGACACUUCUUGGAAAGAUGCAUGUUAGUGGGAAAUCUUUUGAGGUUUGCUACUGAAUAAAGAAUCUGACUUUCAUGUCAA